AUGUCGAUGUCGAUCGGCCUUCCUCAAGUGUUGAUCGCCGAAAUACUCUUCCGACUGCCGGUGAAGUCUCUGUUGCGCUUCCAGUGCGUUUCCAAGACAUGGGUCGCCCUAAUCAAUGACCCAACUUUCAUCAACAUCCAUCUCGAGAACAACAGAUCUGAACGCAAUCUCAUUGUGCAGACAGGGGAGGUUGAUUGGAAUGUUGGUGGGAAAGAUCGGCGCCUUAAUUUAAAUUACUACUUGGUAAACUUUUCCGAUCAGCCCGUGAAGGUCUUCCCGCCAUUCUAUCAGCCAUUAUUUCGUCUACAAUAUAUAUCCUCCGUCACCAAAAUCAUAGGCUGUUGCAAUGGCUUGGUUUGCAUUCACGGCGGUAAAUAUAAUAAAACUCUGAUUUGGAACCCAUCGAUUAGAAAAUGCAAGAAAUUACCCUUUGAGCCAACCGUACACGCUGGUCGUCCCCUCGAGAAAGCGUUUGCAUUCGGCUAUGAUCCAGUCAACAACGAUUACAAGGUUUUAUGGAUUGGAGAAGAAUUUGAGGUUAAGCUAUAUAGUUUGAACGCACAUUCGUGGAGAAGAGUAGAAGACCAGUGGCCUUACAAGGACUCGAAAACUUUUUCGAAUCCUGUUUAUUUGAAGGGUGCUUUUUAUUGGUUGGUGAAGAGUACUGCGGCAGGAGGGAUCCGCCUUCUCGCAUUCAAUCUCACCGAUGAGAAAUUCCAAAAGCACGCGCUUCCGGUUCCGGAUGAAGUUGAACCGCUGUCAUUUAAAUCUUUGAAGGCUUUGGGAGGAUCCCUUUUGGUUUCCAAAUAUGGGCGGGAGACACAACCUUUCCUAAAGCUUUGGAUAAUGACGGAGAGUGGUUGGUCUCCGCUUUGUACUCUGGAUUACCCUUUCCGGCAACUAGUGUCGUUCUCAACGGACGGUCAAAAGGUUCUAAUGGAGCUGGCUGACGGGCUCCUUUAUUGGUAUGACAUAAAAAAGAAGUCAUACGACAAUGCCCUCACUCCGAUUAUACCUAUUGGGAACAAGAGUUGGACAGGAAUUUGUGAGACAAGCCUCCUUCUCCUCGAUGGUGAUAAUGUCGAUUGA